CCCAAUCAGGCAGAGUCUAGAACAACAGGUCACUGAAGAAUAUCACCUUCUCGAAAACAUCAAUAUAAACCGCAAACAAGUCCCAAAAUAAUCACAUAUCUCACAACAGCCAAGAUGUUUGCGCUUUACCUUACUGCUGACCUUGCUGGAGUCACCAACCUCCGCCCUGACGACAGCGAGGGUAACCCGUUCUGGUACACCUUCAAGGUUCAGUGCACCUCCUGCAGGGAGGUCCAUGACAAGCCCGUUGGCGUGAGCCGCUUUGAAAACAACGAGAUGAGCGGCAGCCGUGGUGAGGCCAACUUUGUGUGGAAGUGCAAAAACUGCAAGAGAGAGUCGUCAGCUUCCAUCAAGGCUGCCCCCACCGCUUAUGAGCAGACGGAACCUGCCAAGAAGCAAAAGCUUCUCGAGUUUGACUGUAGAGGACUGGAGUUUGUUGAGUUCCAGCCUGAGGGCUCUUGGCUUGCCGAAGGCGUCGACUCCAACACCAAGUUCGCCGACAUUGACCUGACCGAGGGAGAAUGGUUCGAUUAUGAUGAGAAGGCCAACGAUGAAGUUAGCAUCAAGGAGCUCAAGUGGGAGAUCAACCGGGCUUAAAUCUGUAAACUCCCUCUCCAAGCAUUUCUUGACAAUCUCCAGUCUAACCCUAACCCUCGAUUCGCAAGCUCCUUCGUGAUGAACUGUUGAUGCGAUGUUGUUGAGAAAACGGGAAUGAAGGCGGCAGGUGUCAGGGGAAAAAGUGACAUUGAAGGGGCUGCUUGUGUCUUGAUAUUCCCCUUGGCUUGAGUCCCUUGAUGGGUAGAUCGAUAUUGGUCUUUACCAAAAGGCGAACGUUCGAUAAACCGGUUGGCCCGUGCACCAGCCUUCGUUUCACGCCGUAAAAAUCCAAUUGAAUAAUCUGAGUUGCCUCUCUC